AUGGCUCGAGUUCAACAGUUGAGAUCCUCCCAACAAUUGUUUAGAAAGCAGUUUUGCUCUUUGUUUGACCUGAAUUUGAAUUCGCAUAUCCAUUUCCUGCUGCGAAAGCUGCUGAAGUCGCUCAUAAGUGUUGUAAAGCGCAAGAAGUGUUUCGUAGUACCAAGCUCGGGAUUCGUGACGAGCGGCAUACUGUUGGAAACUUUUGCUGGUGAAAAAUUUGAGUUUGAAAAGAAGAAGAAUUUCGUCAUGGAUGCCGUAGUACAACGAGAACAAGUCGCCCAAGGUUUUUCUCGUCAUCAAAUCUUGCACUUUGGAGAGUUCUAUUUUGUUAUCUUUGGUGACAGUAGCACGUAUUUGACGAGUCAAAGUACGGACUCGAAAUGGAGUUUUUUCCAAAUCGAAGAAACUGUCGAUACAUUGCCAAGCCGCCCACCAACGGCGUCAAUCGACUUGAGAAAAUUGAACAGAAUAGUAUAA